UCUCCUCGUCCUCCUUCUCCUCCUUCUCCUUUUCUGCCUCCCGGCUUCGUCCUCUCCCGCCGCUGAGCCCCAGGGCCAGGCGCGGACGGUCCUUCCUGCCCCUCUGCCCAGAUUCCCCGUUCGCCCCGAAUGCAACUCCUGGCAGCGCCGGAGACCGUGCCCGGCGGAACUGAGGGCAAGGGGCGUCGGGGAGCGGGAAAGGAGGGACUGGGCAUUUUUUCCUCUUCGGUCACGGUUCCCCUUCUCGGUGUUCCGAUUAUGUUUUUUAGGAUCACAGACGGGAAUGGGGUGAAACCUCCUAUUAGGAAAGAGCGUGAAGAGAGGAUGAGAUUGAAUCUCGUUUUGCAAAAUCUGGUGUUAACCCCUCCCCCGCCAAAUAUGUUGGACAUCUCCCCAACUUUGGAUGGGAAAUGGGCGUGGGGCAGAGAUUAGAUUGUGCCAGCAGCUCUGGCACCGAACUGAGAGAGGCAGAUGGAACCAGAGACUGAGGGACUGCAGGGGGAAAAUCCCCAUCUGGCCCACUUCCUGCAAAGUCCUCCCCCCACCUCCUCCUUGCCCUGUCAGCCUUGUUCAUUUCUGUGCUAUCACCCAUCCCAAAGUUGGUGGGGUUAGCUGUAGGUAAGAGUGGGAAUCUGGUGGGAUCCAGGGUAGGUGCCUGCAGAGUUGAAGGUCUUAGCAAAAGUAGAAUGGGUUGUAGUCUUCCCCAAUUUGGUACUGUCCAGAAGUGUUGGACUAUAGCUCCCAUCCUCUAGGGAAUGGUGGAAGUUGUCCAAUGCAGCGAGGGAGAAGAGGUAGGUUGGUGAAGUAUGAAUCAAGGCAUCUGUCCAAGAAUGCUUCUCAUGGUUGCCAGAGGUUACAGAAGAGACUGUGUUGGCAUUGAGGACUAGGAAUGUGAUGUGCAGAAAAUUAGGAUUAUUGGUAACUGGAUAAAAGCUGAUAUUGAGGAAACUGUGUACGAUGGAAGGGCAGUCCUCUGUGAUUCCCUGUCCAUGUGAAUUUGCUUGUCCCAUGUUGCUAUGCCCAUUCCAGCCUACCCUGCAUUGUUGUGGUGGCUGUAACCCCAUGAAGGGUCCCCACCCACCCACAGGUUGGAUGUCUCAGUAGGUUUUCCUGCAUCUCUGGUGAAUUGUCUGAUACACCUUUAACUCUUGGGAGACAGUAUAAUGGGGUAUGUGUUUGCUGGAAAGUGUGGUUAUACUUCUUGUUCUCCUCCCACCCAGUGGGAUUGUUCCACACUUCCAAGUACCCUCUUGAUCACCAGUUCUCUCCUCGUGUCCUCCUGCUGCUUCAUGCCCCGUGGCAACCCAAUCCCACAUCUUCUGUGUUGCUACAAGGAGGUGCAGAUAGAGCUGAACUGUCCAGCUGCCACUGCCAGCCUCGCCUCCCUCCUUACUUGCCUGUCUCUGUGCCUGCCCCCAAGGGAGGGCUGGUGGGUGGGCGCUAUUGUUUUUGCUGUUGCUGCUCAGCUGAGAAUGAGAGCAUCCAGGGUGGGGAAUCAGAUCGAUUGCAGGCUGAGUUGCUUUGCCACUGUGUGCCACCUGCUGCCCCCAACCCAACUGGGCCAGGGGGCACAGCCGUAGACCUCUGUCCAGCUGGAAGAGCUCCUAUCUUUCUUCCCUCUCGGCUCUGCUUCCUCAACGAUUCUUUCCUUCCCCCAUGUAUGACGACUCAUAUCUCCAUGGAUUCGAAGACUCUGAAGUGGGCUCUGCUGAUUCCUACACCAGCCGCCCAUCGUUGGACUCCGACGUGUCGCUAGAGGAGGACCGUGAAGGUGUGAAGCGCGAAGUGGAGAACCAGGCCCAGCAGCAGCUCGAAAAGGCCAAGCACAAACCCGUUGCAUUUGCUGUUCGUACUAAUGUCAGCUACUGUGGCGCAUUGGAUGAAGAAUGUCCUGUGCAGGGAUCUGCCAUCAACUUUGAAGCCAAAGACUUCUUGCACAUUAAAGAGAAAUACAGCAAUGACUGGUGGAUCGGGCGGCUAGUGAAGGAGGGGGGAGACAUCGCCUUCAUCCCCAGCCCACAGAGGCUGGAGGCCAUACGGCUGAAGCAGGAGCAAAAAGCCAGGCAAUCUGGUAAUCCUGCUGUCAGCAACCGGCGAUCGCCUCCCCCAUCAUUAGCCAAGCAGAAGCAAAAGCAGGCAGAGCACAUCCCUCCCUAUGAUGUUGUUCCUUCCAUGCGGCCAGUGGUGCUGGUGGGGCCCUCCCUGAAAGGAUAUGAGGUGACAGACAUGAUGCAGAAAGCUCUUUUUGAUUUCCUGAAGCACAGAUUUGAUGGCAGAAUCUCCAUCACGCGUGUUACAGCGGACCUGUCCCUGGCCAAGCGCUCGGUGCUCAACAAUCCUGGGAAACGGGCCAUCAUUGAACGAUCUACAACCCGGCCCAGUAUCGCUGAAGUCCAGAGCGAGAUUGAGCGAAUCUUUGAAUUGGCCAAGUCACUGCAGCUGGUCGUGCUGGAUGCUGACACCAUCAACCACCCAGCCCAGCUGGCCAAAACCUCUCUGGCUCCCAUCAUUGUCUACGUCAAAGUCUCUUCCCCAAAGGUGUUGCAACGCCUUAUUAAGUCCAGAGGGAAAUCACAGGUGAAGCAUCUCAAUGUGCAAAUGAUGGCUGCUGACAAGCUUGUCCAGUGUCCUCCAGAGCUCUUUGAUGUGAUCCUAGAUGAGAACCAGCUGGAGGAUGCUUGUGAACAUCUGGCUGAGUAUUUGGAGGUAUACUGGCGAGCAACCCACCACCCCGCACAUGGCCUUGGGAGCCAAAACCUCCUGACGGCUUCUACUGCCAUUCCUGGCCUGCAGAGCCAGGCCCCGAUGGGUGAGCAGGACAGCGAGCGCUCCCCGGUGGAGCACGACAGCUUGAUGCAGUCUGACGAAGUGAGCGAUGCCUCGCGCAAGAUGUGGACGGCGUCCUCUCAGCGCAGCUCCCGGCACCUGGAGGAUGAAUAUGCCGAUACCUACACUGACCUGUACCAGCCUCACCGCAACCACAACAGUGGCCUGCGCAGCACCAACGGCCACGACUCGCAGGACCGUCUCCUGGAGCGCGACUCUGAGCACAAUCACAAUGACAGGAACUGGCAACGCAACCGGCCCUGGGCCAAAGACAGUUAUUGACACUUCCUGGCCAGGCAUCCAGGGACGCAAGACACGCCGCUGCUGUCCUUGCCCUCUCCCAAACUGAGUUAAUUGCCUGAUCUCCAGCCUCUGUCUCUUUCCCUUUGUAGCUGAACCCCACCAAGUGCAGGCCCUGCCCCAGUACACAGGUGCUAUCUAGGGAAGCCCAGACGUGGCCAUGGUUGCCUAAAAGUGGGGUAGGCGAUGUGUCUUGCCCACUUUUGCUGUGGAUUACGAGGGCCAUGGUAAUAUCCUUGCAGG